GCAGCCAUGGGAAGAAGCAUGCUGUAACAGCUCCCGUGGCCCCUUCCUCCUCCUGCUACAUUUGCUCCUGCACACUUGCUGCUGGCACCAUGCAGCCCUCUCACCAUCUACUCUUCCUCUUCCUUCUCCUCCUCCGUGGGACAUGGGCAGAUCCAGAGGGCUCUUGUAAACUCCACCUUUUCCAAACCUCCAUCUUCCACAACACCAACUUUGUGGACGUUUCGGGCUGGGCCACCCUGGAAGACAUUCUCUUUGCUACCCUGGAGAAAUACACCUGGAACAUCCGCUACCUCUACCCAUGGGUCUACCCAGCCCUGCCUGCAGCAGAGUGGGAGAACCUGCAAAACCUGUUCAGGCUCUAUGUGCACAACUUCAUCCUGUCCCUGGCCGGUGAUGCCAAGCUGUUCCAGAUACCCUACCCCUUUGUGUUCCAGUGCAUGACUGGCUGCAACUUGUAUUCCAAUGGCUCCUAUACCACAUUCUACCAUCUGGCCUACAAUGCCCAGAACUUCCUCAGCUUUGAUGUGGACAACAGCCACUGGGAGAGGCAGCAGGAGAGUGAGCUGGCAGUGCAAGUUGAGAGGCAGUUCAACACUUUCGCCGGCUUCUCUGCAAACCUGCAGCACCUUCUCAAUGUCACCUGUGUUGACCAUAUGAAGAAAUUCAUCGAGUAUGGGAGGGCUGAUCUGGAGAGACAAGAGCUGCCUGUGGUCACGGUCUUCGCCCGCACACCCAGACCAGACCAAGUCCUGCUGGUUUGCCGCGUCACCGGCUUCUACCCACGGCCCAUCAGUGUGGCCUGGCUGCGGGAUGGCCAGGAGGUGCCGCCAGGCCCGGCGCUCAACACCAGUGACAUCCUGCCCAAUGCUGACCUCACCUACCAGCUCCGCAGCAUCCUGGCUGUGGCCCCUCGUGAUGGGCACAGCUACGCCUGUCGCGUGCGCCACCGCAGCCUGGGCACCCGCAGCCUCAUCAUCCCAUGGGGGAGCUCCAAGGUAGCUCUCAGUGCCGGCAUCACCAUCGCAGUGCUGCUGACUGUGGCUGCAUUCCUCGCUGGGGCCAUCUGGUGCUACAGACGCAGGAGCUGAGAGCACAGGACAUACAUACCAUACCAGGGAUGCCCCAGGGCCACACCAGCCCCCCACAUCUCCCUGAUAAUAAACCGCUAAUUAACACCUCCAUGCAUGUGGGAACUCCUGGUGUGCCAUGCCCAGCGCCCACAAGCACAUGGCAUCACACAGCUCCUGCUCACCCCAGGACAGGUGGGAAGAACCCUAGUGCAGCCCACACUCCUCAUCCCAGGCUGAAUCACUGGGACAGGCCCCCCAUCACCAACAGGGUAUCCCUGGCCCCAACCCCUAGUCCUGGGGGGCACCAGGGUCUCCACAAAACAGCAAGACUUGGCCAGUGACAAGGCAGGCCAGGGCAGGGAAUGACUGUUUUCCACCCACCCACACUUCUCAGGGCAUAUCAGCACCUCUGCACCAGAUCCCUGGGACCAGGGAAUGGUGACAAACAGGUAUGGGCCAGCACACAGCUUGGGGGCAUGGCGAGCCCAGGCAUGCAGCCAGCUAUGGGAACUGGGUUUGCAUCCCCCAUGGGAAAUACAGCCACACUGGGGAACACCUGCCCAGUUCAGUGCUGGGGGCAGCAGCACAGAGGGGACAGAGAUGUCUAGGCCAGGCUCUCUGGGCAGGAGCAGCAGCAAAGGACAUUCCUGUCAGGGACAAUGGAUGUAGUCCACGGCCAGGUGGCACCCCCACCUGCACUGGGGGUAGAAAAGAGGGGUUGGGUCACCCGCACCGCCCCAGGUGUCAGAGUGCCGCUGUGGCCACAGGGGACCCCACCUGCAGCCCUGAGGAUGGCCUUGCUCCCACCUAAAUUCCCCCAGCACCUGUGGCCACAGGCCAAGGCGCCCCAGCCCAGCCUUCUUGGCCUCCUGUGACCCCAUGGGCAAGGGAGUCCCCCUUACCUGCCUACCCAGGUGCUCUGCCUCACACCCCUCCUCAUCCCUCUUCCCACUGUGUCCCCUUCUGUCCUGGGUUCAGCUAGGAUAGAGUUAAUUUUCACCAGAAGCUGGGAUGGGACUCAGCCAGGACAGGUGACCCAAACUAGCCAAAGGGGGUAUUCCAUACCAUAUGAUGUCAUGCUCAGCAUAAAAGGCGACUAGUCGGGGAGGGGCAGCACGGCUCCAGGACACGAGGCUCAGGGAUGGUCUGGCUUUGGGACGGGUCUGAGUGUGCAGUCUGAGUUCUACGGUCAUCGGGUGAGAAACUGCAUUGUGUAUCACCCAUUUUGUAUAUUCUAAGUACUGUUGUUGUUAUUUCCCUCUCCCUCUGCUUUCCCAGUAACCUGUCCUUAUCCCAGCCCACGAGGUUUACCUUUGUCUUCCCAUUCUCCUCCCCAUCCCGCUGGGGGGAUAAGCGAGCGGCCGCGUGGUGCUCAGCUGCCGGCUGGGGCUAAACCACGACACCUUCCCCUAACCACAACGUCCCUCCCUUUCCCCACACAUCCCCAGCCCUGGCACUGGCCCCCUUCCUCAUCCCAAACUGCCCGUUCCCAAUUCCCCUUCCACAGCCCCACCAGUCCCUCCUCUGUCCCCACAGGUCCCUUCCUCCUCCCACAUGUCCCCGUGGCCCUACCCCGUGGUGCAAGGGUGAGAUGGGGUCCCAGGGACCCUACGCUCACAGCUUGAUGCCCAGCCCAGGACCCCCAGCAGCAGCCCAAGGCCUGCCCCAGCCUCAGCACCCUGCCAACAGUGACCUGUGCUGCGCCUGACACCUGAGCACCUCGCCAAUGGCGACCCAUACUGCACCUGAUGUCACUGCCAGAUGCAGCAGCCCAGCUGGCCCUCCUGGUGCCCCUGCCCCUGUUCUCCCCACCCUGCCAUUGGGGAGGGAUAUGGCCCAUUCACCAAUGGUGAUCCAUGCUGCUCCCAGCAUCACCAGGCAUCGGGCAGAUGAGAGGUAAGCAUGGCUGGGGAUGAGGGAGAGGACUGCCUCACACUGGCCCGGCCUGUGGGGACCCUGUGGGCACCCUGUGGGCCUGCCUCAAGGCCCCUCCAGAUCCCGCCCAACAGUCCCCAGCCCCAUCCAAAGCCCGGCCCCCCAUGACAAGCACCCCCCAGGGCUUCCCCGAGGCCCCCCGAUCCCCCAACCCCCUGAAUCCAGCCCUCAGCCACCCCAAGCACCUGGACGGCCAUGGAUGAUCCAUUCCAGUCCUCAACAGGACCAUCCACCCAGGCAGAGCCCAUCAGUUGUGAAGUCCAAAGGCCCCUUUCUGGCCCAUCCCCUGCCCUGCCCCAUAUCACCUUGUUGCCAUGGCAUUACCCAGUCAUGCCUGGGGCUCAGGGGACCAUCCUUGCUUUCAGCGCUGGGGGUCCCUGAGCCAGGGCCUAUGAGGCCUGUCCUUCCCAAGGAGCCCCCGCUCCUGCACAGGAAUACUCUCCUUCCCU